UGACUCUUUAAUCAAUUGUGAAGGCAGGAAAAAUGCGAUAAAUUGGAUUAUUCAUAUGAGAGUAGAGCUCUCUAAUCAACCGCUAGAGCGCUCUACCAGCGGCCGUGAGAGCAAAAUGUCAUGGCUGAAGUGUCAGUCUAGAGCAUUUUCUCUCUACUUGAAUUUUAUCAGCAAUUACGCGCUUUCCCACUGAGAUUUUCAUCAUUUUUUUUCGCUAUAACAGCUCAGAACAUUCAGUGAAACACAAUGAAUAAGAAGUCUCCAGAGAAAGCACCUGCGAUUGUGUGGGAUAAGAAGAAGACCUUGCAGUUGAUCAGCAAGUACAAUGCGUCCCCAAUUCUCUGGGAUCCCAAUUGCAAGACGUACAGGAACAGAGAGCUGAAGACCAAGGCGUUCGACGAACUGGCCAAGAGCAUGAAGAUGUCGAGGAAGGAAGUGCAGAGGAAGCUGCACAACUUGCGCACGCAAUACAACACUGAAGUGAGGAAGCUCCAGAAAACCGGGAAAGCCUCUGAAGUCAAGUGGGAAUUCUUCGAUGCCAUCAAGUUCAUCAACGUUAGCAGCCGGAUUUUCGAUGAUAAAUGCAGUGACCAAAGUCUGGAUCUCAACACUUCCUUCUCCAGUAUCGAGUUCAAAGAUGUCAAUUCCGUGACGCCCAGCAGUGGGAUCUUCCGGAAUGAAGAGGAAGCGUCCAGAGAUCCCACGAUGCAGUUCAAUGGCUACGAAGAUCCAACUCCAAGAGCUUCUUUUCGCUCUGCGGACGUCCUGGAUGACCACCCAACGUCCAAGAGCAACGCCUCAUUGGACACCUCCCGUGAUGACCAUCAAAUCUUUGGGGAUUUCGUGGGGUCAGAGUUGCGGAGUCUCAGCAGCGACUUCAAGCGCAAGAAACUCCGCCUAGCUAUCCAAAGAGCGAUCUUGGAUGUGAAUGAACUACCAUGA